ACAACCUGCUAUUCUGAAACUUUUCUUGCUGUGUUACCUUGCAGAGCAGUGGUAGAGGCCGUUCAUCGGUUGGAUCUCAUCCUUGGUAAUAAGGCAGCGUAUCAAGAAGUGUUCAAGCCGGAGAACAUCAGCUUGAGGAAUAAGCUGCGGGAGCUGUGUGUGAAACUGAUGUUCUUGCAUCCAGUGGAUUAUGGAAGAAAAGCAGAAGAACUGCUCUGGAGAAAAGUUUACUAUGAAGUUAUCCAGCUCAUUAAAACAAAUAAAAAGCACAUUCACAGCCAUAGCACUCUGGAGUGUGCGUACCGGACCCACUUAGUUGCUGGCAUAGGAUUUUACCAGCACCUUCUCCUCUACAUUCAGUCUCACUAUCAGCUGGAGCUGCAGUGCUGUAUUGACUGGACGCAUGUAACGGACCCUCUAAUAGGCUGCAAGAAACCCGUGUCUGCAUCAGAGAAGGAGAUGGAGUGGGCACAGAUGGCAUGUCACAGAUGUCUGGUUUAUCUGGGAGAUCUAGCUCGCUAUCAGAAUGAACUGGCAGGUGUGGACACAGAGUUGCUGGCUGAGCGGUUUUACUAUCAAGCCCUUUCUGUUGCACCACAAAUUGGCAUGCCCUUUAACCAGCUGGGGACGUUGGCAGGGAGCAAAUACUACAAUGUGGAAGCUACCUAUUGCUACUUACGCUGUAUCCAGUCUGAAGUGUCCUUUGAAGGUGCCUACGGGAACCUGAAGCGGCUGUAUGACAAAGCAGCCAAAAUGUAUCACCAGUUGAAGAAAUGUGAAACCAGGAAGUUGUCUCCAAGCAAGAAACGAGGCAAAGACAUUAAGAGGUUGCUGGUGAGCUUUAUGUACCUGCAGAGUCUUUUGCAGCCAAAGAGCAGCUCUCUGGAUUCUGAGCUGACAUCUCUCUGCCAGUCUGUGCUGGAGGAUUUCAACCUGUGCUUGUUCUACCUGCCUUCUCCUCCUAAUCUGAGCUCAACUAGUGAAGAUGAAGAAGAGUAUGAGAGUGGCUACUCCUUCCUUCCUGAUCUCCUGAUCUUUCGCAUGGUGAUCAUCUGCCUUAUGAGUGUUCACAGCCUCAAGAGGGCAGGUUCAAAGCAGUACAGUGCAGCCAUCGCUUUCACGCUGGCCCUCUUCUCUCACCUGAUAAAUCACGUCAAUAUUCGCCUGCAGGCAGAGCUAGAAGGGGAAAAUCCAGUCCCAGCCUUUCAGAGUGAUGGUACAGAUGACCAGGAGCCGCAGGAGCUAUUGAACUCGAUUGAGAAGGAGGCUGAAGUUGACUUGGCCAAUCAUCAGCCCAGUGAGGAACAACGGAAGAAUGACUGCAAAAAAAGCAAGAAAUACUCCCGCCUCUCCUGUUUGCGUCGCCGCCGCCACCCCCAGAAGGUGGAUGAGAGUGACCUGAGUGAGGGCUUUGACUCUGACUCCAGCCAGGGCUCCAUAAAGGGCAGUGAUGGCUCAGAAAGUGGCUCAGAGAAGAGUGACGAGGAAGCAGAAGCUGCUUUUGAUGUGGAGACAGACUCUGACAUGAACAGCCAAGAAUCUCGGUCCGACUUGGAGGACAUGGAGGAUGAGCCGGGUGAGGGGGGAAGUGGUCGAGGCAAAAGCAGGCCCAAAGAGGCCUUAAAAAACUGUGUGGAUGGCAAUGGGCUAGGGGACUCCAAGAGCCCAAGCAUCUCUAAAAUAGAGGCUCUGGAUCCAGCAGUCAAUGGGCCGGCUUCCCUGAGCACUAAUGAUGCAAGCAUAGCCAGUAAUCUCCAGGCCAUGUCCACCCAGUUGUUUCAGACCAAACGCUGCUUUCGCUUGGCUCCCACGUUCAGCAACAUCCUUCUGAAACCGAACAGUGAACCACCUAUCUUGAAGGAUGGACUAGAAAGCAAGCCAUGUGUCAAUGGAGAUCUGGAGAAGCCCAGCUUGGCAGAGCAAGAUGAUGUGUCUGACUCCGAAGAAAGCAUUUCAAGUAACAAAUCCUUCAGGAACGAGCGAUCCCUUCAGGAGAAGCUAGAGAUCGUGACCAACGAAGGGCUGCUUCUCACUGUCAAGGUGUUCCUGGACUGGCUGAGGACAAACACGGACCUCAUCAUCAUGUGUGCUCAGAGCUCUCAGAGCCUGUGGAACAGGCUGUCUGUGCUCCUGAACCUUCUGCCUUCUGCUGCAGACCUGCAGGAGUCAGGGCUGGCCCUGUGUAAUGAAGUCAAGGACAUUCUGGGUGGUGCUGAGCUCCCAGACCUGAAAGCCAACUUGCUGCUCCCAGAAGAUGUGGCCCUGCGAAAUCUUCCCCCUCUGAAAAAUGCACACAAGAGGUUUAACUUUGAGCAGGACCGGCCCAUUUUCUCAGCAGUUGAGGAGUCUGUUGUUCGGAUUUGCUGCAUUCGGAGCUUUGGCCACUUCAUCACCCACUUGCAAGGCAGCAUCCUGCAGUUCAACUCGGAGCUUGGGAUCUUCAUCAGCAUAGCACAGUCAGAGCAAGACAACUUGCUGCACCAGGCCCAAGCCCAGUUUCACAUGGCUGCAGAGGAAGCUCGUCGGAACAGGCUAAUGAGAGAUAUGGCUCAGCUUCGACUGCAG